AUUUUAAUGGAUUUUGAACCAAACCUGAAAAUCAACAUGGCCAACAGCAGCCAUCUUGGCUUUUGUGAUGGUUGCACGGUUUCCUUCUUAAACACUUGAAAUGAUGAUUUGGUUUCUUGAAACUUACUUCACAUGCCUAAAAUACCAAUUAUUCAUUCACAUUUGAUUUUGAGCAGAACCUGGAAAUCCACCAUGCCACCAGUGGAAGCAGGCAACACAUCCAUUUCCGUGGAAUUCUUGUACUUCUUUGAGGCUAGUUUUUAUGAAACAGUUUUAGAUUUUCAAUAAUUAUAACUGAUAUCGAACAUUUACAUUUUAUCAGAUCAACUGCAUAUUCAUUGUUUUGUUAACCCAUAGCACAUACUAUAACAUGGUAAUAUGUUUCGACAGGUUUGUACAUACGGUGCUGCCACCAAAGGCAAGGUCACCGAAUACUCAAUUCCGUUGGUGGCAGGGCUCUCACUCGGGAGGUGGCCAGGACCAGUGGGCUAUCGAUGAGAUCAUGCUAGGCAGCUAUGACCACAAGACAAAGAUGGAGGACAACUUCAAUGACCACCUGGAUGUUCUGGACUCCCAGGUGUGGUCAACUGUGACGGAAGGUGUGUUGGGCAAGUACUGUCAGGCACGGGACCCUGCCCUCAUUCUGGCCAAUCAGGAGAACGAUAAAUUUGCCAUCACGAAAGACCUUGACCUUCAAACUGGAGAUGUUAUACAGUUUAGG